ACUGAGAAGGAAGAAGAAAGCGUGAUGAGUAUCGCUCAUUUGCACAGUGCACAGCCAUGGCGUCCUCCUUCUCGAGUUCCAAGAACCCGUCAUCAAUUCUCAUCUUCAAUUCAUAGCAAUUGGAGGUUCAUGCUCUACAGACACGGCUUGUUCAAAUCUUCAACACUACAUGCACGUUGUCCUAAAGAAAACAGUGCAGGUAGAUGGGAGGCUCACUGUUACCGAUCCGAAGAUAAAUUUGCUUUCAACACAAAUGUUAGUGUUCAAGAAAGCAUGGAUGGCAAGUUCGCUGUGAUGGAGAACAUAAAUGAUGAUAUCAAUCAGGGUCCACGGACUAAAACCAUGAUACGAUCUUUGUCAUUGUUCUUCAUACAAAGACUGACACAUCAAAUGUUUUUUCACCGGAUGUUGAAAGUCGUUCAAGCAAUAUUUCCAGAUAUGCUUCAACCUCUUACUGCAACAAGCUUUCCUCUUGCUUGCAUCUCUAAUACCUUGAAUAAACCCAGCCCUCUCCGAUUAAAUGAGUACUUUCCUUCUUUUAAGGAUAUUAGCUGGAGCAUAGAACGAUUGAAAUACUUGUACAACGUCCAACUUGAGAGAAAUGUUGCCACGAUGUUUGUGGUGCUCCUUGUGGCAUGUUCCUCAUUUGUUUUUAUUGGUGGUCUCCUGUUUUUCAAAUUCAGGGGUCAAAAACAUUCAUUAGAGGACUGCUUCUGGGAAGCCUGGGCUUGCCUUAGUUCACCAUCAAAUUAUUUAAGACAAUCAACACGUGUUGAGCGUGUUCUUGGAGUAGUUAUUGCCAUGUGGGGUAUAUUGUUUUACUCUCGCCUUCAAAGUACAAUGAACGAACAAUUUAGGACUAAAAUGCAAAGACUACGAGAGGGGCUUCAGGUGCAAGUUUUGGAGACUGAUCAUAUCAUCAUUUGUGGCAUGAAUAGUCAUCUGCCUUUCAUAUUAAAGCAGCUAAACAAGCAUCAUGAAGUUGCAGUCCGCUUAGGCACUGCUACAGCUAGGAAGCAGAAAAUCCUUCUUAUGUCUGACCUUCCUAGAAAACAGAUUGAUGAAAAAGCUGAACAAAUGGUGAAAGGUUUAAAUCACAUUUAUGUCCUUACAAUGAGUUGCAGUCUUAGUUUGACAGAAUCAUAUGAAAGAGCAGCAGCCAGCCAGGCUCGCGCAAUAAUUAUACUGCCAACAAAAGGGGAUAGGUAUGAAGUUGACACAGAUGCUUUUCUAUCUGUUUUAGCCCUUCAACCAAUUCCAAAAAUGGAUUCUGUCCCCACCAUUGUUGAAGUUUCAAGUUCUAAGACAUGUGAGCUCUUAAAAUAUAUCUCAGGAUUGAAAGUAGAGCCGGUAGAAAAUGUUGCAUCCAAAUUAUUUGUCCAAUGCUCUCGGCAGAAGGAGCUUACAAAGAUCUACAGACACUUGCUAAAUUCUCGAAAAGAUGUAUUUAAUCUUUGCACCUUACCUAACAUAGAAGGAAUGACCUAUAGGAAAGUAAGACAUGCAUUUCAAGAGGCAGUUGUCUGCGGUCUUUAUCGGAAUGAAAGGAUAAACUUCCAUCCAAAUGAUAGUGAAAUCCUGCAGCAAACUGAUAAAGUAUUAUUGAUUGGAUCCUUUCGUGAUAAAAAGGCACAUGCACACCCACACAAGAAAGAAGGAAUUCAUGGAAUUCAUGACCAAGAAAUUCAAGAAGAGGAUGUCGAGCAUGCCAUACAAUUGAGUAAAAUGAGACUAGCUAAUAUUGUAAAGCGCUCUAAAAGAUCGGGUUCCAAGGCAUCAGAUGAAAAUCUGGGACCGAAAGAGUGUAUUCUUUUACUUGGGUGGCGCCCUGAUGUUGUAGAUAUGAUUGAAGAGUACGAUAACUAUCUUGGUCCAGGAAGUGCUGUGGAAAUAUUAUCAGAUGCACCAAUAGAUGACAGGAUUAGGGCCAACAACAAUUGUGGUCAAAGUAAUCUCAAGAAUGUUCAAAUUUCUCACAGGAUUGGAAAUCCUUUGGACUAUGAUACCUUAAAGCAGACCCUUCUGAAUAUCCAGAAAUCUCUUGGUGAUGAAGAUAUUCCUUUGUCAGUUGCUGUUAUAUCUGACAGAAGAUGGCUUCUUGGAGAUCCAUCUAAGGCAGAUAAGUGUUCUGCUUAUUCUAUCCUACUAGCAGAAAAUAUCUGCAAAAAACUUGGAGUGAAGGUGCAUAAUCUAGUUGCAGAGAUUGUUGAUUCAAAAUUGGGGGAACAAAUUGCUAGAAUCAAUCCAUCACUGACCUAUAUUGCAGCAGAGGAAUUAAUGAGCCUUGUCACAGCUCAAGUAGCGGAGGACAGCGAACUUAAUGAAGUUUGGAAAGACGUACUAAAUGCAGAGGGUGAUGAAAUAUAUGUGAAGGAUAUCAGCCUUUAUAUGAAAGAAGGAGAGAAUCCAUCAUUUUGGGAGCUCUCUGAGAGAGCGUAUCUACGGAGAGAAGUAGCCAUAGGCUAUGUGAAAAAUAACAAGGAGUUUAUUAACCCAGUCCCAAAGUCACAACCCCUCUCUCUUGAAAUGACAGACUCACUAAUAGUUAUUUCUGAGCUUGAAGGAGAACAGCCUGUUGUCUUGUAAUGCUGAUGCUUCAAUGUAAUCUUAUUGUGGGAAUGUUCUGUUUUUAUUGUAAAUAGUUUUCUGGUUUUAUAGUAGCCUUCAUUAGCCUUUACUCUCUUGUUUUUCCCUUUGUGUAUAUAUUUGUAUGCAUCCUUCCAUUGAAAUGAAUAAGAAAUACUUUUUUCUCCCAAAAUU